AUGCAUGACAACAUCUACGCCAAUCCUGAGCAGUAUGCUGGCCUUCAUGCAGGAGCUUCCAGUUUCCAGGAGUUCCAGCAGUUCGUGCACGAAGUCGACAGUGUCACCUGCCCCAAGCCCUGUGGCGUCAAGUACGAACACUUCGAGACGCCAAAGGUUCUGGAUCCUGCUUAUCAGACGAUGAAAGGUGUGUCCUAUGGCCCCGCGCCAGUGAAAAAAGCCGGAUCGCCGAUCAACGGCGACGACUACAUGGCUGACAUAACUGGAGCCAUGUGGGCAGACUGGGGCCGCGGAGAUCUGCAGCUGGUCAAGGAGCUUGGAGGCAACACCAUUCGAAUGUAUGGCAAUGAUGCGAACACAAGCCACCGAGCCUUCCUGGACCUCGCCUAUGAAAAGGGCAUCGACGUCGUCGCAGGUGUGAUUUAG